AUGGCCGACCAGAUUCCACCAUGUUUGCUUUCAGCCACCUGCUAUGGCCUCUGUGUCUCUUUCAUCCUCCUUCAACUCACAAACCGGAGGCCCAAGAACUUUCCACCGGGACCCCCUCUGGUGCCAGUACUGGGGAACCUUUUGGAAAUGACCGUAGGAAGCCCCUUGGAUGACUUUGAGAGGCUGAGGAAGACCUAUGGAAAUGUAUACAGUCUGUUCUUCGGUUCCAGACCGGCUGUGAUCGUCAAUGGGAUUAAGGCCGUAAGGGAGGCUCUUGUGACCAAUGCCAAAGAUUUUGCCGGACGACCCCAAGGCAUGUUAGUGGCUGACCUCUCCGAAAAUGAAGGAGUGAUUCUGGCAGAUUAUGGCCCCAGAUGGAGCCAUCGUCGCUUUGCCCUCACAAACUUGAGGAACUUUGGUAUGGGGAAGAGUGCCAUGGAGGAGAAGAUUCAUCAAGAGAUAAAAUUCAUGAUCGAUACACUGGAUAAAAACAUUGGCAAAACCAUGAGUCCUGAAUCUAUGAUUUAUGUAGCAACCUCAAACAUCGUCUGCCGGGUUCUGUUUAAUGCACGCUACGAUCUCAAUGACGAUUUCAUCAAAGUGGUUAUUAAAGGCUACAGCGAGAAUGCAAAGAUACUCAAUGGACUCAGCUCUACGCUGUGUGAAGCUUUUCCCAUACUUCGUAAACUGCCACUUCCAGUCUCCAAGCUCUUCAAGAAUGUUAAGAUUUCUGAGGAUUUUGUGCGUGUCUUGUUGGCUGAGCAUAAGAAGACCAGAGUCCUUGGACAACCGCGAGACUUCAUUGACUCCUAUCUGGAUGAAAUGGAAAAGGACACAGAAGAUUCUACAUUUUCAGAAGACCAAAUGUGUACAUUCGUUCUAGACCUUCACUUUGCUGGGACUGACACGACCUCCAACACCAUGCUUACUCUUUUCCUCUACCUUACGAGCAAACCACAGAUGCAAGAGCGCUGUCAAGAGGAGAUAGACAGGGUGUUAGAAGGGAAGGAUCGGGCCAGUUUUGAAGAC